CCACAUCUAAACAUGGCCAUAGUUGAUCUCACGUUUAUGGGGAGGUCAAAUUCCACAUAUUUUUCAACAGUGUAUCGAGUUUUAAAGAGAAAGUAAGUUCUGAGUUUGGGGAUAUUUUGAAUAUUUUGGAGCCAAUGAACCGAGGAUUGCUGACGUAAUUUUGCUUCGGUGACUUCUAUAUUGCAUACUCUUAAAGUCAAGUAAUGUUGAGUCAUAUCUAAUGAAUCCAUUAUGGCUUUAAUAUGUGCGGUCCAGUUUGACUGACUUGGCUGAGCUCGAUCCCAGUAAAAUACUUUUUUGGUAGUUCGUCCUCGUCCAUCGUCAAUAUAUGUUUCCAAAGACGUAUCAUGUUCAGUUGAUGUCGGCAGAAUAAUAACUUUGCCAAAAAUAUCAGAAUGUCUCCAGUGUCGUCCUUCUCAACAUUCCUGAGAGUUCUGGUAAGAAAGUGGUGGUGUUUUCCGAAAGACGGGGUCAAUAAGGUUAAACGAAUAAGUAUGAUAAUAUAGUUCUCUAUAUUACUUAUUCUGAUAAAAUAUUGCCAAAUUGAAAAUGAUGUGUCGAAAUCAAGACGCCAAUUUCUUAAUUGGUCAAAAAUUCUGAAUGUGACACCGCGUUCAUUUUAUCAUUUCAAAUUAUCUUUAAUCUUGGACUAUGAACGCAACUCGGUGAUCCGAGAUAAGCACGACUCGCACAGCUUUUCAAUGUAACACGACGCGAAGUGACCAAAUUUAAAAGUUAAAUAGUCACAGAAGAUAAAAUAUUUCACAGCUAUCAUUCACCGUACCGUGAAGACAAUGUUAGUGUAUUCAUGAAAAAAAAAUCGAUUUCCAACUAGACAGCAUAAUUUCAAGAUAAUUGUAAAAUCAUCCGGCAUUGAACAAUGAUGUAAGAUAAACGGGGCCGUGCUUAGUUAUCAUUUAUAAUUUUAAUGCGCUGCCAACAUUUAAUCACCUUUUCUUAUUAAACAGCCUCACUAUUGCGAGUGAAGUAUUCUGAGCAUUCAAUUGAUCCGCCAUCCAUCGUUACCAAGUUGUUGGUUGUAGCCAAUUAGAUGAGCUCUCAUCACCGUCUUUUAUUUGUACACUGCUAUUUAAAGUUGAAAAGUUUUAGAAAUGGAUCGGAUGCUUUACUGACAACGCGUUAAACGUAUUCAACGAAUCUGUGCAAAAUGACUUGAAAGUCUGAAAAUAUUGUAAAAGAAGACAAAACAUGUUGUUUAACGGUUAUAUCUUUGCUUUGGUUAUUAUAUCUGCCUGCAUUCAUUGCUCAUGCUUCGGACAAGAACUGAGCUCCUUUGCACUGACCUCGAGUGGUUCAACCUAUCAACUUGUCCCAGGAACAAGCAUUCAACUCGACUUUAACUUCGACUUUUCAUCAUCUAAUGUAUCAUCAAAUUCGAUAAAUGUUACCUUUCAAGCUGAAAUCAUAUCCUUCACUGCGGUUGAUACGUCAACUGCAGUAAUAAAUGAUAACACCAAAAGCAUAACGUUUACAUUGACCUCGACACUGUUCCAUGCACAUGGGUUUGGAGAUUACUCCUGCAGAUUUUCUCUGUUCUCUUCCCCCUCAGAUACCUACAACGUGGACAUAGCAGUGGCGUAUGAAGAGCAGAUCACGAACUUACAGGUCUCAUGUAGUAGUUUCCAAAAGAUGGGAGUGGCAGCGAUUGGAACGAUAAGUUUGAAUUCAGGCUCCAACCUCAGAAUUGUGUGGUAUGAAAAUGGACAACAAAACAUGAUUACAUCUGAUAGUGGAAAUGGAAUGAGGCAGCUUCAACAAUCUAUCACUUUAACAUCAACUGGCCAAGUCAACAUAACGGUAAAUGUUUCCAAUUCAGUGUCUAGCGCAGCCACGUCGGUAGUAGUGUAUAAUUAUUAUCAUAUCAAUGGCUUCAACGUUUCUGGAACUCCGGGCACAUUGGACAGUGACUCUGUCAUAACUGUGAAGGUCGUGUCAGGGGCCUCUCUUCCACAGGGAGCAUUGUCUAUAAAUAUGUCAUACGGAGAUGGAAAUUUCGACACCCGUAACUUAUCCUCAACAGAUCCAUCACUGCAAUCCGGGUUACAUUUUACAAAUCGGUUCUCCUCUGUUGGGACGUAUACGGUUUCAGUGAAGAUACUCUCAAAUGUUGAUUCCAAGACCUAUCCAGCAACCAUUAGUAUUUAUGAGAAAAUAUCUCCUAUUCAGGUUGAUUGUUUGUCGCACCAGAAAAUUGGAGUUCCUGUUGCAUUUAAUGUUACUGUUCAAAACGGUUCUGAUAUCGAUGUGAAAUGGUAUGUCGACGAUGUAUUCACCCUUCAAACGAGUUAUGCGAGUAGUGGCUUUUACGUAGAAAAUUUGACGAUAAAUUUGAUAGGGACUGUUCACGUUGCGACUGUGGCAUCUAACCCUCUCUCCAAGGUAUUUCAUAAUCUCACAUUUAAAAAUCUAUAUGAAAUCAACGGAAUGUCUGUUUCUGGAGAUGAAGCAACCUUAAACACAGACGUAAAUAUCAUCCUCAGAAUGGUUGAUACAGCUUUGCGACCACAGGGACAACUGUCAAUUCGCUUAAACUUUGGUGAUUCGACGUCAUCGGAGGUGGUAAAUAUUUCGUCGGAAAAUGCCACUCUUAUAACCACUGGAGUAACUUUCACCCAUCAGUACAAUUUAGAAGGGAAUUACACUGUUGAAGCAAAGGUGAAUUCACCCAUUGACACAAAGACGUACAACAACACCGUCCAAAUAAUGGAACCAAUUACAACUAUUCAGAUAUCGUGUGCCACAUUCCAGACGUUUGGAUUACCCGUGGUCGUUACAGUCAAUCUUACCAAUGGGUACAAUAUAAUCAUCAGAUGGUUUGUAAAUGAUCAACCAUUACAAACCAGCUUUCAUGCAGGAAAGGGCACAAGAAUAUCCUCGGUCGAUUUACUCCCUACAACAGCUGGUGAUUUAAACAUCACUGCCCUCGCCAACAACGCAGUGUCCGAGGAAUCAACCUCUAUCUUGAGCUCUUACUUAUAUUCCAUCAACGGAUUCAGUCUUGUAGUUGGUCCAUCAACGAUUUACAAGAAUGCAAGCAUUUACUUGAAAAGGGCAAGCUCGGCAGAUCUUCCACAAGGAAAUAUUUCAAUUGUUUUGCAAUUUGGUGAUGGGAACUUGACUUCUCUUAAUCUUUCUGCUAGUGACCCUUCUUUCCUCAAUCCGGGACUCCUCUUCACCCAUCACUACACAACAGAGGGAUCUCACAAUGUAGUUGCUAAUAUUAUGUCCAAUAUUGAUUCCAAGUCGCUUACUGCUAUAAUAUCCAUAGUGGAGCCCAUUGAAAAUAUAUCGGUGUUGUGUUAUCCAGAAAACCACUAUAUUGGACACGAUAUCAUUAUAAAUGUCACUAUAAACAAUGGCUUUGAUGUAAAAACCAAGUGGUAUAUAAAUAGAAGAUACCAAUUUAAAAAAUCUCAUCCAGGGAAAGGAAUUCGAGUAUAUUCUCUCAGUCGUCGUUAUAAACAAAAAGGAAAACUCGUUAUCAAAGUGAUUGCUAGUAAUCUAGUUAGUAAUUUUUACGAUUCCAUAACUAUUUAUAAUUAUCAUAAAAUCGAAGGUUUCGGUAUCUACUUCUCACCUGGAACGAUUUAUGAAGAUGUUGAUAUUGUUUUGAAACUGGCUGUCGGAAGUCCAUUACCACAAGGCUGGAUAAAUUAUAAAAUCUAUUUCGGAGACGGCAAUUCUACUUCCGGAAAAGUGUCAUCAUCAGAUUCAAAACUGGGAGAAACUGGACUGAACUUUCCAAAACGAUACUAUAGUGAAGACGUUUACGUGAUUACGGUAACGCUAGUUUCCCCAAUUGAUUCCUCCAAUUUGACCUCUGAAAUCAAAAUUGUUGAACCCAUUCGUAGCAUUACAUUCUGGACAAAACUCUACCAUGAAGUCGGCGAGGAGCUUGUAAUCGAGGCUAAUUUGACAGACGGUUACAACGUCACAACCACAUGGAGUAUAGGAACAAGCCUGUCAGAAGUUUUGCUGCACGAAGGAACGGGACAUCGGAACUUUAACAUCACUAGGAUGAUCACUGAAAAGGGAGUUAUCCCUAUUUCAGUCACAGCCACCAAUCUAGUUUCGCAAGAUACAUCUACUUAUACAACGUAUUUCUAUCACCGAAUCAAUGGAAUAUUCCUAAGCACUACUGUCUCUUCUAUAGUAGCCGACGUUAAGUUGUACCUCAACACAGUUUCUACCGUGCAAGUGCCACAAGGGGUGAUUAACAUUACCAUUGAUUUUGGAGAUGAAUCAAAAAACAUUUCAAGUUUGGAAUUGCUAUCAUCAACGGCAACCGACCCAAAUCUACUCAUUUUACAUCGGUAUGAAGAUGCUGGCAAUUACACUGUCACUGCAACUCUCACUUCUCCACUAGGAAUCGAAAACGUAACUGCAGAAGUUGAGGUUAUCGAACCAAUAUUCGGAAUUCAAUUUGAAUGUGAAAAAUUCCUAGAGGUGGGACAGGAGUUAUUCAUAAACGCAACACUGUUUGGAGGCUUCCGUGUAACAACAGAGUGGUAUAUUGGAACAGCGCCCCCUAUUGUCAUCCUUCAUGAGGGAAAUGGAACAAGACAUUUUCAAGUUCGCUGUAAUGUAUCUGAAAUCGGUCUUUUAUCAGUGACAGUUAACGCUACUAAUGACGUAUCACAGGCCUCUAACUUCACAACUAUAUACUAUUUGUAUGCCGUCAACGGUUUCAAUGUUUCUCAUGGAAUUUAUUCAACUUUAGAAGAGGCUAAUGUGAGUCUAACUUUGGAUGCUUCUGCUGACCUGCCUAUGGGACUUAUAACAAUAGUCACUGACUUUGGUGAUGGGAAUACAAACUUAAGUGUAAUCAACGGAAGUGAUUCCUCUUUCAUCACAACUGGACUUCAUUUCAUCCAUCAUUACGUAGAUGCCUCUAACUACUCCACUGUAAUAACACUAACGUCAGAAAUAAACUCCAUCAAUUUAAGGACGGGAAUUAAAAUUCUCGAACCAAUUUUUGGGAUAGAGUUCAUCUGUCCAAAAUAUAUAGAAGUCGGCGAAGAAAUAGAGAUCCAGGCAACUCUCUUUGGAGGUCAUGAAGUUAUAACAGAGUGGAUAUUUGGGAAUAGGUCGAAAUCGGAAAUUUACCAUCAUGGGAAUGGAACUAGAACAUUCCCAGUUAUCCACAAUGUAUCUGGAAGCGGAGAAGUUAAUAUCACUGUUUUGGCAAGGAGUCCAGUAUCUAAUGCAUCCAACGCAACAAUCGUAUUCUACUAUUAUGGAGUCAAUGGAUUUUCAAUAAGCAAGCCACAAACUAUUUCAAGCUACAAUAUUACUGAGGUGGACGUCUGGUUAGAUUCAAAUGCUCACACACCUAUGGGCGACGUAAGCAUUCAUUUAAUGUUUGGGGAUGGGAAUUUUUCGACCAUUUACUUAGACUCGGACAACGCCAGUUUGAACAAUCCAGGAUUAUCAUUCUCUCACAUGUAUCAGAUGUUCGGGGAUUAUAUAAUUACUGCUCAAGUCAGCUCCCACAUCAACGCGGUCAACUACUCAACAGGAGUGGAAAUGUUGGAGCCAAUAGAAGGAAUAAAGGUUGAUUGUCUUUUAUACAACAUGGUUGGAAAUACCUUACCAGUAAUAGUAAAUGUAAAGCAAGGGACAAAACUUCAAAUCAAAUGGGAUUUUGGCGGUAACGAUACUUUGGUUCAAAAUAUAAGUGGAUCCGGAUUAAGGUCUUAUGAAUUUAUGCAAACCGUUCACAGCACUGGUGAAAUAAAUAUAACGGUGGAAGCAGGAAACACCGUAUCAAGCGUUAGUAACUGGACCAUAACGUAUUACUUCUACAACAUCAAUGGAUUUCAUUUUCAUCAUAAUUCCACAGUGCAGACAAAGGAAGUGGCUUCAAUAUUUCUGAAAAUGGCGACAAGUGCUCUUCAGCCUCAAGGAAUUGUAGACGUAACUUUGUUUUUCGGAGAUGGAAAUUCAACAACAUUUAAUGUAUCAUCCGAUGAUCAAGUUUUGACAUCCGAUGGGAUGCACUUUGACUAUGUUUAUUUGAUUCAAGGUAUAUAUCAUAUUGAAGCAAGCCUUGUUUCUUCCGUUGGAUCCGCAAAUAUAUCUUCCGACAUGAAUAUCUGGGAUAAAAUUGAUGUUGAGCUAAACUACACAAAAAUCACAAAGGUAGGGGAGGAUGUACAUUUUAACUUCAUACAUGUUCCCAAUUCUAACUUUAUGUAUCGUAUCUCUUAUGGAGACGGCGAAUUUAGAUCUAAUGAAGAACAAGAUCUAUACCGCACUUAUGAUUUCAGUAACUGGACAAAAGUUUACAACUCGCCCUUUUCGUAUAAUGUACACUUAAGAGCUUGGAAUCCAUUGUACGAAAACAAUUUCAACUGCGAUAUUUUAGUCGAGUAUCCUCUACUAGAUGACAUUAUCACAUUACUACCUGUGAAUGACACAAUACCUCUACCAGAUGGAACGAUGGAAUUCGUCAUGGAAAUAAAACAACAGUCACCUACGCCAUCUAACGUAAUGUGCAACUUUGAUUACGGUGAUGGAGAGGCAAAAGACCACGACGUUCACGUUAACAUAGAAUAUGGCGCACCUAUUGUAAGGACAUACGUCUUUAAAACCCAUGGCUUGAAAAAUGUCACUUUUCAUUGCCGAAACUCCGUGAGCUCUAUAUUCCGGUCAUCUAAAGUAAAUGUUCUCCUAUAUAAUUUACAGGAUAUAAAGAUAAUUUAUGACAAUCCCGUCAACAUGAACAUGACACUGGAGCAAAGAACACCAACGGAGGACAAUCGUCACACAUAUCAAGCUGUGUCUAUCCCUGUGAAUGUAACGUUCAACUUUUAUCUUCUUGGUUGUUCUAGGCUUCCACAUAAUAUAGAAAUGAGAUGGAAAUUUGGGGAUGAAACUCCAAGAGAAAUUUCACGUUCAACUCAACUAUUCUACUAUCAUGAAUAUAAAUCUCGUGGAUCUUUUAUGAUGAGGUUGAAAAUAAUAGAUCACAACAAAAACGUUACCGAUCAUCGUGUCCUUGCUUUACAAACUGGAACAAUAAGUUUCGGGGUUAGCCCCGACAAGGGAGAUUUGCGUGAUACUGUAUUUAACUUGACCGCAACAGGUCUUCUUGGCGAAGAUUCACAGUAUACUUUUAACGGUGACAACACUGAAUUACAGCAGGAGGAUUUCUUUGUCUUUGAUAAUGUUACCAACGCCACUGCGGCGUGGUCUCAUAUCCGAUAUGCAAAAUACGGAUAUUACAUACCAAGCGUCCAAGCUUCGAAUGGUACCCUUGUAGAAACAGUUUAUUGGGACUUUCCCAUACUUGCAGAUUUAAGGAUCGAUGAGUUAACAUUAACAGUUCCGGAGACUGUGCCUCUUCCUCCAGGAUCUGUGGAAUAUAGAAUUAGUAUUGCAUCCGGUCCACAUGGUUACCGUCCUUAUGUGUUCUGUACAAUAUCGACAGGGGACGAAGUUGACAGGGCACCACGAAGUGCACUGUCUAACAUUACAUCGUCAGAUCCAUUCAUAUUCAGCUAUACCUAUGUUGCCAUUGGUUUUCCAAUUUUAAACAUCACUUGCCAUAAUUCUAUUUCCACUAAAACUUGGACUAAGAAAGUAACAGUGCGAAAUACGUGUUUUGAAGUGAAAGGAAUGUUCGAUCGACAGUAUUCAAUGGCUGACUGUCCGAUGCCAGUUUGGACAUCAGAAAAUCUCUACAUAUCAAAUAGAAUGGGUGUGACGGCCGAUUCAUCGUGUAACAAUGCACAGCCUAUAUUUCAAUGGGAAAUAUAUAGAACAAGCGAAUCUGGCGUCAUCGACAAUGAUAUUCACCAACGCAUAUAUAUAGAAUCUGACAAUGGCACAUUGUUUUUACGGGCAGGAGCUCUGGAACCUGGUUCUUACUUCUUGAAACUGACGGUCAAUCUAACAUCUACAUUCAUUUUCGAAUACAUGUAUAUUCGUUUCGUUAAACCAAAACCGUUUGCCUAUAUCAUAGGUGGUAGCAAAACAACUAUUAGGCCAUCUAGUUUUAUCCUUUUAGAUGCCUUAGAGCAAUCCCACAUCGCCAACAGUGGGUAUGGAAACACAGCUGGGCUUACCUUUGUCUGGUCAUGCCAAGAAAGUAAUGGUGUGACAGUUUCAUUUCCACACAGCCAAGACAUCUUCAAUGGAACUAACGUCACUACAACGGUAUCGCCCGUUUCUAGUGCCUGUCAAUUAGUAGAUUAUUCGCGUGGUAUAGCCAAGUUAAAUUUAGAUGGAUAUGAAGAUGUUGAUGUCCCUGUAACAGUGACGGUGAUUGAAAAUUCCAGUCAGGAUCAGUUUACACAGACCAUCGCUGUGGUCAGCACGACAUCGCCGGAGCUAGCUAUAAACUGUACCUUAAACUGUGGCCAGAAGAUUGCUAUAUCGUCAAAGGCGUCAUUUAUAGCUUGGUGUAAAAGCUGUGAGGCAGAAAACACUACGUUAAGCCACGAAUGGAGACUGUGGCUAAAAGACGAACACUCUCCCUCGUAUGAACUGGUUCACGGGUUUUCCGAAAACACAACAACAGGUACAAAGCUGCAAACCUUGGCGAUUCCUGGAGAUGUAUUGGUCCCAGGUGUGCAGUACAUGUUAACCUUGAAUGCCAGCUAUUCCGAAGAAGAGGGAUCCGCAGAAGUUUAUACACAGUUUACGACGAAUUUUCCACCAUACGGUGGCACCUGUAACUAUUCAAUAGAAACAACAGAUGCAGCUUUGCUGAAUGUUUUCUGUAAAGCCUGGGCAGAUGAGGGAUUUCAUCUCGAACAAAACUAUGAUAGAGACCUACAGGCCAAGAGACCUCUCGUAUACCAGUACGAAACAAAGACAAAACGAAAUCUGACGAAUGGCAUAGAGGAUGUCGUGAAUAUCAUAUACAGAGGGAGCGAAAGUUCCAUAACAGGGGAGUACAUUCAAGUUGGAGACAGUAGCUUCAGCUACACAGUGUACGUUGUCGUCAAAAUCUUUGAUCUAUACGGCGACUUCACACAAGUUCAGUCACAAGGCUUUACGGUUCCUCCGCCAAGUGGCACACAGCCAACAAGUGAAACUGACGUCACCACACUAAGACAAACGUACAAUAAGUUUUUAACUGACUACACGGAACGUAAACGAAGCGGGAACGAGAUGUCAGCUAUUCGUCUGAUCGGAUCCGUCGCCUCCAUGUUUAAAAACUUUACAAACGCGGAUACCACAACGACGGAGAACGAAAUCAUGACAGGAGUCGUACAAACAGCUCACGUGGACGAUAGCACGUCCCCAAUCGUGGAGGAGUAUCAAAAUAAAAUAGCACACAUGCUGGAGUUAUUGCGACUCGAUCUGCAAAUGCACUGUAGCUCAAACCAAUACAGAUUCAGCUUGCCAGACUUACAGCAAAUAUAUUCUGUUAUUGACGCCAUAACUCGUUUGCAGCCCUAUGUUACAUUUGAUGUGGUGGUUAAUACGACACGGCUGCUCGACAAUCUUGUUUUAUGCUUUGACAAAGUGACUGAUUUAGAUCCAUUUCCGGUGGGAUAUGUGGAAACUACAUAUGAGACAGCAAAAGCUAUGCAUAGAAUAAUAAACCGUUUGCUUGACGUCAUGCUUCCAAAUCAUCUGCAAGACCUUACGAUACCGAUUAACAAAGCCGAAAUUAAAGAAGUCCUUGUGAGAGAUGCCGAGCGUCAGAAACACCAAGAAGCGUUGUUAUGGGCUGUGAACGUUUCUACCCUUAUAGACUACACGGACCUGGACAAUAAGGCAGGAAUGUUAGUGGAUGUGCGACGACAUUUCAGGAUAAUUCAAGAAAAACAAGUUGAACUGGCAAGAACAUAUUUUCCAAUAAUGCAGCGAGUUUUACGUGGAAUGCAAGCAGUAAUUCUACGAACAAUCGUACUCGCUGAACGUCACAUAAUGGACAGGAAUGUGGUAUCUGUGAUCACGGAGAAAAUAACUGUUGACAGCAUCCAAAACAGAACUGACGAAUAUUUUGUGGGAAUUCAGCCAUCCAAUGGAACUUUCGAGCAGCUCACUGAUGUGAUUAUUGCAAUGAAGAUAAACUACUUCAGAAAGAAUCCAUUCAUAUACGGAGAAAAUGCAUCAACUUUAACAUCAGGUGUUUCUACCUUUGACAUUGGUGACGACAUUAAACUAGACGUGAAACUUGCAAACAACGGUAAUUUCAAAUAUCAGAAGUUCUUACCCCUUAUGAACCCCGAAUAUCCGGAGAAGAUGAUAUUUUUCACAUUCGAUGUGGUAAACGAUGAUGAUGCAGCAAUAAUAUUCAUGAAUCCGGACGGGUUUGACAUUAAUAACCCCGUGAAUUUUACAAUGUAUACCUUCUACGUGAGAAGUGAGACGUUUCCAACAUCAGAAUUAUACGAUUUUAUAAAAACAGUCGGCAUGCAAGACUGGGAAAAUAUUGGAUUCAAAAUAUUCCUCGAACAAGGAUUAUGUCCAAAGGGGACCUGCUAUCUUGGAGUGAAGCCAGAAACUGUUCCUGACUACAGUGAGUAUACACCUACAAGAAUGAGGCGUAAACGACAGGCAGUCUCCAAUGCAACGACACCUGCACCUCUUUCAAAUCAGUUUGUUCCAGUAGUCGCCAAUUUCAGUCUGGUUGUUGUAACUACAGGAUGUAGAUCGUGGAAUGAUUCUCAAAAUGCUUGGUCUUCGGAAAGCUGUAUGGUGCUUGAGAUGAGUAGCGUUAAUGAUACAGUCUGCCGCUGUAGUGGGAACACCUUUUCCACGACGUUCUACGUUCCACCCAAUAUGAUUAACUUCUUGACGGUAUUCAGCAAAUUUGACGCUACAAAUGCCUAUGCAUAUGGUCCAUUGAUUGUGCUCUUCGUUAUGUAUGUCAUUGCUGCAAUAAUUCUUCGCAGGGAAGACAAAAAAGAUUUAACAAGGUGGGCUGCACACUUUUUGGUUGAUCAUGACGCUGAAGACCAAUAUUUCUACCUUCUUACUAUACAAACGGGAUUGCGCAGAGGGGCCGGAACGAAAUCCAACGUCAAUUUUGUUGUGGUGGGAAAUGAGGAAGAUUCUGGUAUUAGAGUGUUAGCAGAUGGGGUUAAAGAGGGAUUUGGUGUGGCAAGCAUCAACAGAUACUUUAUGGGAACUAAAGAACCUCUUGGAGAAUUGAAAUACCUUCGAAUCUGGCAUGAUAAUUCUGGAAAGGGAGCACAGAAGAGCUGGUAUCUUAAUCGAGUUAUCAUUGAUGAUUUACAAGAAAAAGACAGAUAUGUAUUCCUUUGCGAAAAGUGGCUUUCCUUGGAUGAAGACGAUGGUAUGAUCGAAAGAGUACUUCCAGUGUCUACAAAAGAGAAUGUCAAUGCAUUUAAAACACUGAUGAAUGAGAACGCACAAUUGAAUGUAACAGAUCAUCAUUUAUGGGUUUCUCUCCUCCUGCGUCCAAACAUCAGUCGUUUCACGCGUGUACAGAGACUGGCCACUUUAAUGGUUCUUCUUUUGUUAGUUAUGAUUGCAAACGCAAUGUUCUUCAGAUCAUCAUCGGAAGACACUUCCUCAUUACAAAUGGAAAUAGGAUUUCUGCGCUUUUCGCUAUCGACGUUGUACGUCUCCAUCAUUGGAGUGAUUAUUACAACCCCGCCCAUUCUUUUUGUAAUUAUAGCAUUUAGAAAAAGCAAAAUCAGAAAAACCAAAACAGUUGAACUGUCAAGAACGAAAUCUGAUGCAAAUAAACCCGAAAAGUACGACGUCUCCAACAACCAUUGUUUACAGUCAUUAAAUGAGGAUAUUAUGUUUGCAGACAAUAACUUAGUUUUACCUUUCUGGACUGUAUAUGUUGCAUGGAUUGUUCUCGUUUUGGCUGCAGCAGCAUGUGCUUUUUUCCUUAUACUAUAUAGUAUGGAAUGGGGAAAGGCAAAAUCUGAGGAAUGGCUGACUUCCUUUCUAUUUUCUUUCAUUGAGUCUUUUCUGUUCGUUGAUCCUCUAAAGGUUGUGUUUGUUUCCUUGAUGUUUGCUACAAUAUUCAGAAGUAUGAAAGAAGAAAAGCCUCCAUCAAUCGAUUUGAUGGAAUUGCAAAAAGCUUCAGGAUAUUACCAUGGGGAUUCAAGGCAAAGUUUUCUGGCACUUGUAAAUGAUAUCCUGAAGAAAAACGAACCACCAUCUGAAGAUGAAUUAAGACUUCUCAGACAAAAGAGGCAAGAAGAGAAGAAAGCACGAAAAGCAACCUACAACAUUCUCAUAUAUAUGCUGUACAUUUUUGUCCUCUAUAGUGCUAGUUACUUGCAAAGGGAUCUCAGAUCUUUCAAUUACAAGUGGAAUAUGGACAAUUAUUUGAUAGCCAGCAGUGACUCCCAGCUCGGAUUUUCAGCCAUAAAUGAAACCAAGGAUUUUAUAGCUUGGAUCAACAGAACACUCAUACCUACUUUUUACCCUGAACAUGACUAUCGGGGUGUUCCGUUAUCGGCGGUAGACCAGAAAUGGUUUGGCGAUCAGUCAAGCAUUCGGGUUGGACCUGCUCGUCUAAGACAGCUAAGGUCUAAAAGAGAAAUUUGCAAAGUUUGGAGUAUUACCUGGCCAAAAGACUGUGUUGAAAAAUACGCAGAAUUAAGUGAAGAGACGUCUCCAUAUUGUCUGGGAUGGCACAAAUACAACAAGACAGCAUGCAGUGGCACGGUCUAUGAGAAUACAUUCUUAACGUCAAACGCUUGGAAAUAUACCGAUGCAAAAGAAAUCUGGGGAAUUUCCAUUUUAGGAGACUAUAACUCGUAUAGCGGCGGUGGGUAUAUUCUAGAAUUUACCAAAAACAGAGCACAGGCAGUGGCGAUGCUAAAUGAACUCAUGAAAUACUACUGGAUUGACAGGGCAACGAGAGCUAUUUUUCUGGAGUUUACAAUUUACAAUCCGAAUAGUAACUUGUUUGCGUAUGCAAUAUUUCUUUGUGAAUUUCCAGAAACGGGUGGAACACUAAUUUGGACCGAUACACAGUCCUUUCGACCAGUGUUAUCGUCGAAUGAGGUGGGGGCAUAUGCCAUUCUCUGUUACAUUGUGAUUGCCGCAUACUUGGUAGCUUACCUCAUUCGUAUAAUUGUGAAAAGCUCCACGAAAGGAUGCUGUGCGUUCUUCAAAGUUCCUUGGAACAUCGUUGAUUUUUUGAUUAUGAUUUUAGGAUUUGCAUGCAUUGGUGUAUACAUCGUACGUUAUAUAGACGCCCAAAAGGCUAUGCAAAUGUAUUCUGAUGAUAUCCUGACUGGCACCACCCGCUUUAUUAAUUUUGGACAUAUCGUUAUUUGGGACAAUGUAUUUAACGCUCUUUUCUCUGUUAUGGUCUUCAUCUCCACUUUGAAAGUUUUACGUAUACUCGGGUACAACCGUAAGUUCACGGAAAUAAUAUCCGUGGUUACGAAUGCUGGCUCCGAGAUCGCUGGAUUCAGCGUCGUAUUUAUUGUCAUGUUUUCCUCUUUUGUGUUAUUUGGGUAUUUCUUGUUUGGUGUUCAUCUUCAAGGAUACAAAAGCGUUUUUGCAACGUGCAGUACGCUUGCUAACACGUUCAUUGGUAAAAAUAAACUGGAUACACUGAUGGUCGCUGCUCCUAAGACCGCCCAGUUUUAUUACUUUACGUAUAUGGUUUGUGUUAUUAUGACUUUGCUGACCAUGUUUGCCGCCAUCUUGAAUAAAAGCAUAUCAGAUGUCAAGGCUGAAACCGCCCACUACACCGACACCAUCGGAAUAUCAGAUAUUUGUUUGAGAUCAGCAAAGAACUUUUUCAGCAUGUUUUUCAAGUUUCAGUCUAAGGAAAGCGCACAGAAUAACAAAGCAAAUGAAAAUUUUAAGAAGAUAAAUUCCCAGUGGAGCGGAAAUGUGGAGGUGUCCAAUGUGUUAGCUUUGAUUAGGCAUACGUUCAAUGAUUUCAGCGAUCUGCAGAGCAACAAGAACAUAGCAAGGGAGGAAACCUCGAUGAAGCUGUACUCAACAUUGGACAAGAGGAUGGAAAGAGAGGAAAAGUCGAUGAAGCUGUACCCAAAGUCGGACCAAAAUGAAAUUGGACAAUCAAAUAUUCUGGAACAGUCUCCAUUAAAGACCGCGGAUUUUUCUUGUAAAGAAAUCGAACACCGAAGAAACUACAAUGACAGCAAGAUGCACAUGUAUUUUUGAUUGUUACGGAUGGAAUUUCACCUGCCCUAAUAUUUAGUCAAUUUAGGACCGGUUUGUUGUGAUACUGUAGAUAGACCUCUCAUCUUUUCUAGAUAUGCAAUUAAAAUUUGAACAAAUCAUUUUUAGAUACAUGUAUGUGAUGCACUUUUUUCCCUCCAUUUUCAUGCUGUGUUUCAAUCCUUUUAUCGGCAUUUAACUGUUUUUGUAAUGCUGUGAAGUGGAGCGAAUUGGGUUAAUCAGGCAAGAAAUUUGUAAUGGUGUAAGCCCAGCGUGGACCCCCCCUUCCUGUUCACUACUAUAUAAUUAUAUGGUGGUAUUGGUUAUACAUAUAUCGAAUGAGAAGACUUUAGAACGAUGAAUCUGUUUUACUACAAGUUUUGUAUACGUUUGACGAAUAUCUAUGAUGGGAUUUUAUUGGUUGUGCUAAAUAUGUACUUAUAUUUCAUGUUUUCCCUCAAAUCUGAGGAACAUCAACGUUUGUUUGUUAUGCAUUGCUAAAAAAAUAAAUCAUUUUAGAAAAUCCA